AUCCAGACUUCUAGUUCGAAAGGUUCACAGCUUCACGCGGCUUCCUCGAAUGGCUGGUGUAAACCAUCUAUCCUUUACUACACGAUCUAGCAAAACCUACUACUGCACGAACAACCGCAGCGUUCUGGGAAAUGAGCAAGAAUUUUCAAAAUCGCUGGUUGUCGGUUUGCAAAAUUCUCUGUGGUGGACGGAUUUUAAUUCAUAUAUGAAAACAUCCCCAUGGUUUUGCCCAACAACCAUCCUUGUUUCGGACAACGAGGACCAGGACACGCAAAAUCCUGCCCUAAUUUUGGAAAACAAUGAGUUUACGGAGUCUUCGGCUGUGAGGAAACGACCAUCAAAUUGGGAUGAGUUUGAAGCAAGUCGUGUGUCCAAAAUUAGGCGAAAAAAGAAGAACCCGGUUCGCCAAUGGACGACGGCGCAACUAAUGGGUGAUUACUGGUCCGAGAGUGAAGCACAUUUUGACUGGUCGGCUUCAGAAGAUGAAACUGACAUAUGUAUUUCCAGACUAGACAACAUGAGUCUGCAUAAAAUCGCGCAAACGUCCCAGUCUGUGAUAACCAAGGAAUGUGUUCCUGAAGAUAUCCAGGCCUUCAACCAGACUGCAUUUGGUGGUUCAUCACAGACGAAUAGUAUCAACGAGCUUGGUGUUCCUGCAGACAGCUGCCAAAAAGGUGUGAACCCACUGAAAGAGAUUAGCUGCACGAAGGUCUUUCCGGAAUACUUGAACUGUGAACUCCGUUGCCUGCGUGAAUUUGUUGUCGGCUCAUCAUUCAACUAUUUUAUUUUUCAUUUGGCAAAUUAUGCCAUCGGUUGUCUGAACGAGCUAAUUCAUCCGCCCGUAAAACUCACUCCUGGAACCCUCAAUCUGACUGGCGAGUACCGUUCAAAGUUGAUUUACAAGCCUGAUCAACUGUGGUCCCCGACAGAAACCUCCACCGUGAUGCAGGGCUGGUCUGACGAAACAGUAAAGUCAGUCAUAAUAAUGUUCCUCUUGUCCCAACUGUCCUCAGUAACCUCAAAAUUACGAUGGAUUAUUGAGGAAAUAAUUCGUCCGGUAAAUUCUGGAAGCAACACAGACCUCGUCAAGCAUCCAUCCAAAAAAUUCAUGUCUUCGGAUAUUUGUGAGAUGCGGAUAGAGCAAGUAGUCAACCAACCAAUAAAAGAACAAGUUCAAGAGAUGACAAUUCCGCACGUCUGGGGCAGCAGGCCUUACGUGACUUGCAAGAUGCCUAGGUUAAAAGAACAAAAAUGCAUUUGCUCUAUACCAGAUCCUCUGCUGUCAGAAGACCUACGCAAAAUCAAUGUUACUCUGAGUCCCAGAGUAAGAAGAUCUUAUGCUGAUAUCACAGUAGACCUUAGAAUGCGGCAUCCCGAUGAAUGGGAGAUUUUUACACAGGCUUCUGAGACCAUCUUUCCAGAAUGGCAACCAGCAAGCUGCAUGACUUUGAUUCCUUGGAAAAAAGAGUCUCUCAACGUGUCGACCUUGGAGUUUCGAAGGGCAAGAGUUAUGUGCUUCAGUGAUAAUCUAAAACCACGGACUUACUAUGCUACUCAGGAAAGGUUGACGAUGAAUCCAGCCCGAAAUAUAAAGCAUAGCAUUACUGACAGCUGGAGAACUGCCUUAUUGGUAACUGCUGUAAAUAUGAGUUCGUUCUUUCUGGAUUCAAUGCUAGUGAUAGCCAAGAUGGCAGACCCAAAUCCUGAGAGUAGCAAAGGUACUGAAUCUCUAAGCAUUCAGAUUCCCUUCACAGUGUAUCAAUACCUUGACCAGAAAAAGCAAAUUAAUUCAAUUUUGUCAAGCAUUUUAAACAAGACUGGAUUAUGCGAUAGUUUCUUUAGUAACAAGCUAAACGGAAAAUUUAUCAAGACUGCUUCAGAAAAAAGCCCUCGAGCGAAGAUGCAGUUUUUCAAGGAAAUGGAAGCCUCCGGAUUUUGUUCUUUUGGAGUGAAGUGGGACACAGUUCUUGGGUUGAAGAACGAUCAGAAGUGGAAAGCCACUGAACAGGAUACACUGAAACCCAUUGGCCCAAAAGGUUCCGUAAGCACCAAAACCGACCGGGAUGAUCCUGAUCUUACCACAUGGACCUUCCUGAAUGAAGAAGCGUUUUGUGAAUUAGAAGGGGACCUUUUGGACGACUGGGUGCUGGUGGACGAGGAACUAUAAAAUUAUCGAGCAUCGGCACCACAGAAACAGCUCACACUGAUUUGGACUAAAAUGUCAUACUUUGAAUAUUAUGCUGAAACAAAAUGCACACAAAAUGUCGCAAUGCAUGCCAUCUUGACAUACCUUAUUUUACCUAUCUUCAGAAAUUAUCAAGAUUCGACUGCAUACAUUUCGCCAAUUUCCAUACUGCCC